CCCGCCCCCGCCCCUCCUCCUCCGUCCUCCUCCGUCCUCCUCCAUCCUCCAUCCUCCUCCUCCUCCUCCUCCAUCCCGGCUGCAGGAGCCCGGGGCGGGGCGGGGCGGGAUGGGCGGCGGGGCCGGGCUGCGGGGGCUGCGGGGGCUGUGGGCGCUGUGGGCGCUGUGCGCCCUGUCCGCCGCCGAGGGUCCCAACGGCAAGCAGAAGGCGCUGCUCCGACACAGGGAGGUGGUGGACCUGUAUAAUGGAAUGUGUUUGCAAGGACCAGCUGGGGUGCCGGGGCGAGACGGCAGUCCCGGGGCCAAUGGGAUCCCUGGGACUCCAGGAAUCCCCGGCCGGGAUGGCUUCAAAGGAGAAAAGGGGGAAUGCCUGAGGGAAAGUUUUGAAGAGUCCUGGACCCCCAACUACAAACAGUGUGCGUGGAGCGCUCUCAAUUACGGCAUAGACCUGGGGAAAAUUGCGGAAUGUACUUUUACGAAGAUGCGCUCUAACAGUGCCCUCAGAGUGCUCUUCAGUGGAUCGCUUCGACUCAAAUGCAAAAGUGCAUGUUGUCAACGUUGGUAUUUCACGUUCAAUGGAGCCGAAUGCUCCGGGCCCCUUCCCAUCGAAGCUAUCAUCUACCUGGACCAAGGCAGCCCUGAGCUGAAUUCCACCAUUAAUAUUCACCGCACCUCUUCAGUGGAGGGGCUCUGCGAAGGGGUCGGUGCCGGGUUAGUGGAUGUCGCCAUCUGGGUCGGGACUUGUGCCGAUUACCCCAAAGGAGAUGCUUCCACUGGAUGGAAUUCUGUUUCUCGCAUCAUCAUUGAAGAACUGCCCAAAUAGCCUCUGAGCCUCGCUUUUUUUAAUCACAAGAAACAUUUCUCUGCCUGUUUUCUACGUUUCUGACCAAUAUGUAGUUAAAUUUGUUUACAAAUAUGAGUGAAGAUUCAGACCACCUUUUUUUUAAGGUCACCCCCGCCUAGUUCAUUUAAAGAUGUGUUAGGGAGUUUGCUGUCAGUAGAAUGUACCUCUCCUUCCCCCAUAAUUAGGAGUGACACUUCUGCCAGAUACGUUUUUAUUUGUUCCUUUUCUGGCAAUGGAGCAUUUAGCCAGCCUUUAUACAGGUUCAAGAUCAUUUUAUAUGUCUUAAUAAAACCUCUUACCAAACAAUUAA